AUCAGUCUGCACUCGCAUGUCCACGAGGUUGCUCGCACGGGCCUGGCGCCUUCCUCUUGUAAUCACCCCUCUCUUGCACCUGGCUCACCACGUUUAGUGCAUUACCAGAGACCCGUACCCGGGUGACCGAGCUACUAGUUGAGGUACUCGUCGGGUAUUAUCAUUCGUCGAGAGGUUAGGUCAGAGUGGCCUAUCGUGGCGGGAUUAUAUGACUUGUUUGAAUUUGAAUUCACCCGCGUUACAUCGUUUCGUUAAUCAAAUUGUUAUCCGUUUGUUGUUUUUUAAUAUACUAUAUCGUGAUUAACAAGUUUCGAACUACACGUUACAACAGUUGUCAAACGAGUUUACAAUUUAUCGAAGCUAUACAAGAACGUCGAACCGCGUGACAACCGCGCGUUGAGGUUAGGUUGUUCACUGCCUAACGCGCCUUUUUCGAAUAGAUUGCUCGGGACUUUAUUCCGGUUUAAUCGAUUUAUACGGAUAUUAGUGUGAAGGAACUGUUGGUGAUAAGAACACGUUUCCUAAGCGACGGAUAAGGACGAUGGGACCCGUGGAAAUAGAGUGAAUGUUUUCGAACGGUCGUAUUUCGUGCAGUGACUUCUUUGGUGUACAGCAAAAUAUGGAUAAUUCUGCGUAUGUGCCGAAUCAUCUACCGCCGCCAUCCCUGGUCGUGUUUUCACAGGCCGGGGGGCUGCCGGAGGCUCUGAGAAUGCAAAGACCCUUCAAUCCACAAGUGACCGACUCGAAGGAUCUCCAAGUACCGUUCAGCACCGCGGCAUCUCUCGGCUACGGCCUCCAUCAUAUGCUCCACCUGCCACCCCAAUUUCUCCACCCUUUGGAUCACCGUUUGCCGUUCGGCGGGUUCAGGUACGAUGGUGUAGCAGUGUUGUGGCUAUCGGUUUCCCGUUUCCUCGGCAGAUCAGUGGCAAGUGUUGGCAAAAGCGUGGGGCCUGUGUUCGGGGGCCGAUGCGGCGCGGAGGCGCUCGGGCUCGGGCUAGGGCUGUCGCUGGGCCCGGCCUACAGGUUCGCUCUGCCCCCGGGACUCGCUGCCAAGACCACCCGCUGCCUUGUAUUCGACCAAGGUAAAAAGAAAUUUCCAUCUGAUCCAUCCUGCUGCCCGGCAUGCGGAGUGACCGUGAGGCCGCAGGAGCUCGAGCAACAUUUCGCCCAGGAACUCGACAGACUUUACAAGAUAUCCUCGGCUUCCUCUCGGGCGCGAGCUUCAAGGUCGAGCUUGCCACCCGGUCAUCCCCAGGAUCAUCCUCACGGGCCGAUGCUCCAUGCACCCUCGACCGCCGAUGGCACGCCUCAUGGAAGAUGGGAGACUUACAAAAGGAUCAAGGCCAAUAGACAGGCUAGGAUCCGCGUGAAGAACCGGAAACGGAAAGCGGACGAGCCAUCCUGCCCCGUGUGCAGCGAGAGGCUAUCCGGCACGCCCGAGGAAUUGAACCAGCACGUGGAGAGAUGCUUAAACAAACACAAUAACGGAAAUCCUGCCGGCCAAAACAAUUUGGACGAGGAGGAGGUCGACGUGGAGGGCGAUGCGGAAACUUUCGAGGAAUACGAGUGGGCCGGGCAGAGAAGAGUGCGAGCAUCGUCCAUGCUCGUAGGAGGAUUUUCUGCCGCAGGUUUGGCGACGUCGUCGAGCAAUCGUUCGUCGGCCGGUGGCAACAGUGGAUCGAAUCACCAGGAGGAGGAGGACGUGGAUCUGGUGGUCGACGGGGACGACGCGGCCGAGUUUGGGCCGGCACAGUAUUCCGAGGCCGAUGUGGUCGCGCCUCGCAUGGACGGGACGCCGAGGGAGCAGAAGGAGAGAGACGCCCUUCGGGAAGCGGUGAUAUCGCCGAACGCGCCCAACACGCCCCACACGCCCGAGCAAAUCGGCCAAGGUUUGGUGGAGGUGAAGCCUGAACCGGGGACGACGACCCCUCUCGGCCAGAGCGAGCAGGACGAGGGCGUCUCGACGUCGCCCAGAAGGGACGGCGACACGCCGGUGAUCGAGGCGCUGAGAGGAAGGAUUCGGGAACUCGAGGCGGAAAUGCGCGGCCAACCGUUCAAAUGUCUCAUUUGCAUGGAGCAAUAUAAGAAACCGGUGACUUCUGUCUGCUGCUGGCACGUGCAUUGCGAGCAAUGUUGGUUACACACGUUGGGUGCGAAAAAGCUGUGUCCACAGUGCAACAUGAUAACGUCGCCUUCAGAUUUGCGACGUAUCUACAUGUGAAGGGAGUUGCCAAACAGGAAGCCGUUGGUUCCCGUGUUGUUCGUAGAAAAAAAUCGAUCGUGAAAAAAAAAAGAAAAAGAAAAAGAAA